UGUUCCUCUCACCUUUUUCAAAGGAAAAUUUGUGGAGCUCUCUUUGAAUAUUCAUCAAUGUCUGAAGAAAUUGUUGAAGAAAUCGUUUAUGCAAAUCUCAAAUUUGAGGACUCUGAUAAGAAAGAAAAAACCCAGAAGUCUGACAAAUGUGGGGGAAAAGUACCUUCUGCUCCUUCCCAUUCUCAGCAUAAAAGAGUCUUGACUCUGACUCUUCUGUGCCUUCUGCUGUUGGCUGGACUGGGAGUCCUAGGCGGCAUCUUUUAUACAACUUUGGAGACAGAAAUGAUAAAAUCAAAUCAACUACAAAGUAUUAAGGAAGAACUUCAGGAAAAUAUUUCCCUACAGAUGAUGCAUAAUCUCAUCACUUCCAAGAAGAUCGGGAACCUCUCUGCCAUGCUGCAGAACAUAGCCACCCAGCUGUGCCGUGAGCUGUAUGGAAAAGAACCAGAGCACAAAUGCAAACCUUGCCCAAAGGGUUCAGAAUGGCACAAGAACAGCUGUUAUUCUCAACUUAGUGGGCUUGAAACAUGGCAAAAGAGUGAAAUGCUCUGCUCUGCUCGGAAUGCCAGCCUGCUGAAGAUUAAGAACAAGAAUGUGCUGGAAUUUAUAAAGUCCAAGAAGCAACGCAAUUAUUGGCUGGGGUUAUUGCCUAGAAAAGAUACUGAAAUGGGGAAUGAGAAAAUGUUCCUCUCUGAAGAGUUUGAAAGAAGCACAUAUGACUUAAGUAAGAUGUACUGUGGACAUACAGAUGGGAUAUAUGUUUCUUAUGCAAACUGCAAUCAGAAGAAACGUAUCAUGUGUGAGGAGACAGCCAGCAAGGUGCAGGUGGAAAGUGUGCUGAGUCACCUUCCAGAGGGUGACAUGUAGCUACUGUAGCUACUAUCCUGCUAUGGUGGUUUGAGUGACAAUGCGCCCCAUGGACUCACGUAUUUGAGUAUUUGGCCCUUGGUUGGUGGAACUGUUUCAGAAGCACAGGAAGAUGUGCACCUUGUUGAAGGACUUCUGUCACUGGAGGCAGGCUUUGAGUGGUCAAAAGCCCAUGCCAUUACUGGUUAGUUCUGUUUCUGUCCCGUGCUUGAGGAUUGCACU